AGCGCGGCGGGGGGCCAGGCCAGCGGAGCCAGCGGAGCAGCGGAGCAGUGGAGCAGCACCGGGGCCACACGGCGAGCGAGCUCCACGAGCGAGCUCCACGACGCGACCGAGUGCCCCGCACACACCCCCGCCACCUCGCGUGCGCGUGCGCGUGCGUGUGUGUGUGUGUGUGUCAGUGUGUUUGUGCGUGUGGGUGUGCGUGUGUGUGUGCGUGAGGAUUACGACUGCCCUGCCCUAAGGAUUACGCCAUCGCCAUGAGUGACGACGGGGGUGGCGGGUGGCCCGAGCCAUCCAGCCCUUUCGGAGCGGCGUGACGACAUGGGUCGCCCCACCGGCUCCAGUUCCGGCACUACCAGAUCCGGCGAGCCCGGCCCCGGCACCAGAUCCGGCAUCAGCGCCCGGCCCGCAUCUCACCACAUGGAUGUCCCGGAAUGCUGCUGAGGCUGCAGCCAUGCGAGUGGUCGCUGCUCCUGGUGCUGCUGGUGCAGACGCUGAUGGUGCUGGUGGAGGCCGUGCCCGCGACUCGUGCCCCCGGCGGCCGCCGCCGCUCCACAACCUCGACGACGUCCACCGCGUCGCCGACGCCGCCGAUCUGCGUGGAUCCGAGCACGACGGCGCCGCCGCCGCCGACGGAGCCGCCCACCACCGGGCCGCCCACCACCAGCUUCGCGGCCACCAACUCGACGUGGCCCAAGCAGUGGGUGGGCCCGGUGGUCAUGCCGCCCACCUCCGCCCCCAAAGGCGUGCCGCCGCUUGGAGGCGCCGGCGGCGGCAAUGUGCGGGAAAACCUGGUGGAAGACGACGAGGACGCUGUCACGUGCUAUACUUGUGUCAACGUGUCCGACAACAUCAUUUGCAAUAAGUACGCCAUCGACGUCCCCUGCCCUAAAGGGGAGGACUUUUGCCACACGCUGCACAUCGUGGACUCACGGGGCCAGAGCGUGCUGGUCAACAAGAAGUGCGCUGUGGCGUCCGAGUGCGACCCUGCCGUGCUGGGCUGCCUGCACAUCGACACCCAAACGGUCUGCGCGUCCUGCUGUGACGAGUCCUACUGCAACGAGACCGUUCCCACCAAUCGCACGGCGUCCUUCUACUCGUCGACACGCUCUCGCCCAACGUCGGCAUCGACGCCUCGGCCCGGCCCAGGGAUCGGGCGGGGGGCCAGCCGCUCCAGCAGCGCGCUCACCGUGGCCUUCUGGUUCGCUGUGGUGCGCGCUGCGUGCUGACCGCGCUUCUCUCACUGUUUGUCACUGACAAACAAAAGUCGACAGUUCACGGGAUGUUCGUGGACUAAUUGUCCUGUUUUUUGUUUUUUUCCAAAUCGUGGUUGGACUGUUGAAGAGCCACAUCAAACGUGUUGAUAAUAGUGUACAUAAGAAAGAAACGUUAUAUGUUGUAAAUAGAAAGUUUAUAUUAUGACUCCAAAUCGGGGUGCCACACAAGUAAAUGUGUGAAGUGUAUAUAAAAAUGUGCAUCAGCGCAAAUGCAUAAUGUGAUUCAGAGCAUAGUACGUAAAACAUUGUGUUCACAAGUAUUAUAAGUCUUUUACGGCCGAAAUCUCGUCCUGACCCCACAGCCUUGUGUUGUCCCCAGAGAACAAACUGUUCAUGCGAAUUUUUUUGCGUUGACAGAGCAAAUAGCAAAUCGGCAGAAAUAUCGUGAAAGCUGGCAGAUGCAGCCGUCGUGUUGUAAAUCAAACCCCGCUCAUAACUGUCCUUUCUGAUCGCUGCGAGCUCAUUCGAGUUAUCGUGGGAGAUCAUGUGGGUCACCCAAAAGGAAAAAGAUUGCACACAAAUCACAAUAAUAUUGGACUUAAAUUUAUUGUAACCUCCUCCAUAAGCAGUGCGUCAUUUUCUUGUCAACUGAGUUCCUGCGGGCAAUUUUUCUCCCCGCGUUUGAGAUUGCGUUAGAGCAACGUGCGGCCCAUUUUCCUUUCUUUUUUUAAAGAUGUUCUGUUUUUUUUUCUAUUAAAUAUAUUCUAAUACCGCGGGUGGACGUGGACGUGUAAUGUUUUACUGCUCGUUCUCUGAGGCGAUCGGAGUCGCUAAGGAUAAGACCAGUCUUUUUUUUGAAGGCCCCAGUCUAAAACGCACUCAUCGUUGCAUACGUGAUUUCUUGCUGGCAAGAGUUUAGAAAUUGUUAAAGUCGGUUAUUCUUUUGGAAUUUGGACCAUUUUUGACUGAGAUUUAUCAGGCGGUCUUUUGUGGUUCUCCCUGCUCAAUAUGCCUUUGGCAAAUUAUAAGAUUUGUUAAAGGCGAAAUAACGCGUUGAGUCGCGAUUUAAUAUCAAUUCCUACUGAUAUCUAUAGCAUAUUGUACGAGAUAUUAAAAUGUUUACUGAGUCUUGAAUAGUCGUGUUAUAACUGUCUUCAUUAUUGGAUGUGAUCCACACAGAGACAGCUAACGGCAAGAUGUACAUAUUCAAUGUCGACUCACAGCCUCAAAACGAGUGCCCCGUAUCCCCUCUGAAGGCUACCAGCUACCAGAUCUUACUUUCGUCCGUUUAUCCCCGUGUCCUUCAGAUUAUUAUAUUGUUUUCAAAAGCCAAAAUAAAAAAAAAUAUGUGCAAAGACCUUUAA